UCUAUUUGUGCAAACGGAUAAAGCUGCGAGUGUCUGAAUGUGAAGCUGUUAAAACUCACAUAUCACGCAGAUGGCAAGUGGAUGCUAGUGCGAGGCAACAGGGCGAUCUUCCCACAUGGUCCUGAGAGGGAAAGAUAUGCAGACUGACUUCAACCGCUACAGAAACUUGGAGAGAGCUCUGCAGUGUCAGUGCGCUCACAUAACCACUGAACUAUUUUACGGCACCAGCAGCAACUGUAACUCCAGCGCAGCUGAAAGGCGCUGUUAAAGCGAGCAACACCGGGCUGUUACAGCCGCAUGAUAGCUCCCCCAACACCGAACUUUUAACCCGAGCACUUCCCGCUCUGGAAAGGACUGUAAACCACUGUUACUUUCUGCCUCUCAGGGUUGACCUCAUAUUACACAGCGACAAAACCAAGCACAGUUCGCUCCACACAUCAGCAGUUGGAGGACUUUCCUUUUUCUCCCACGUUUGUAAACAUGGUUCAGAGAAGCAGCAGCGUGGAGAGCCCCGAUGCUCUCUUCGCCGGAGAUUCAUCCGAUUCCGGAGCUAUGGACCUGGACAUAGCCUCGUCUCCCACCCCCGGUUCUACAGCCUCAACUGGGGAUAAACUGGACCCCGCUUGGUGCAAAACUCCCACCGGCCACAUCAAGAGACCCAUGAAUGCUUUUAUGGUGUGGUCUCAGAUAGAAAGGCGCAAGAUUAUGGAACAGUCACCGGAUAUGCAUAACGCCGAAAUCUCCAAGCGACUGGGCAAGCGCUGGAAACUCCUGAAAGACUGCGACAAGAUACCCUUCAUCCGGGAAGCGGAGCGGCUACGGCUGAAACACAUGGCCGACUACCCCGACUACAAGUACCGGCCGAGGAAGAAGGUGAAGUCCAGCAGCUCCAAGUCUACAGACAAGGCGGAGAAGCCCACGGGCAGCAGCUGCGCGUCAGCCAGCUCCAAAUCGUCCUCCAGAAAGAGUGGCGGCUCCAGGUCUGCCAGCAAGCAGCACAAAGUUGUACUGGGCAGCAGCGCCAGAUCCACAGCGUCGGAGCCGCACUCCCCUGGAGGCGCCGCGGACCAUCACUCCCUCUACAAGUCCAGGUCAGUCUCGGCGGCUAAGCAAAUACCCGACAAGAAGUCGAAGAGGGUUUAUGUGAUUGGAAGCAGCGGGGUGAGUCCGUCCUCGGCGGCUGUACCUGCAAGCCCAACGCUCAGUAGCUCGGUUGAGUCAAACGAGCCUCUGAGCCUGUACGAGGAUGGAACAGCGAGUAGCAAGCAAGGCGCCGACUCCCCACGCAGCGUCUGCUCGGACCAGCACCACUACACCAGCACGCGGGCACCUUCCCCAACCCCCUCUGCCUGCCACUCGUCCGCUUCCUCGCAGUCACCCUCCUCCUCCUCCUCUUCUUCAUCGGACGAGGAGUUUGAAGACGACCUGCUGGACGUGAACCCCAGCCCGGGCUUCGACAGCAUGUCGCUGGGCUCCUCGGUACUGGACCGGGACUUGGACUUUCAUUUCGAGUCGGGGGCUGGUUCUCAUUUCGAGUUCCCAGACUACUGCACGCCGGAGGUGAGCGAGAUGAUCUCGGGAGACUGGCUAGAGUCCACCAUCUCUAACCUGGUGUUCACAUAUUGAACAAGAAAACAGAACUUAUUGACGUUGCGUUAAAUUCUAAAAUCAAAAAGGGAUUUCGGUCCAAGUGCGCUUGUGUUCAUAAUGCCGAAUGGGUCCUCCCCGUGAGAGAGCGACGGUGAGCGCAGGGCAUGACUGCAUGUCUGCGCUAUGUUUCCGGCAUGACUGACUGGGACACGGGGGUCAAGAGGAGGCGGACGGUGUGAUCCUGGCUGUUCAGAAACCAGAGGACACGAGAGAGGGAGAGAGUGCGCCCUGAGACGGACUGAUGUGAUAGGAAAAAUAUACAUACACGAUCCGAACUGGAAACUGUGAUUGAUUUGCACGUACACAAGGGCGGGCUCAGGUCGGCUAUUUUAAUCAGAUGUAAUGAAAAGGGACUUGAUAAACUCUUUUAUUGAUCGCCAAGUGAACUUGAUGUCUUUAGAGGUACAGACUGUGGGGGCCGCGCAGGGUUGUUUCAUCGUGAUGAUUUUAGGAACCAGGUGGGUUGUGACUAAACAUUUAUAUGAUAAAAGACAGAAAUGCAUGUUAGCUGUCCUCUUUCUGUGAAAUUUCUGUCAGACUGACUAUCCACCAGCAUUAGGGUUAUUUGACAAAGGGUGGUGUUAUGUUUGAUUCCUCUUUACAGGACAAAAAUCACCAGCUUUUUUCAUUCUUCUAACUUCAGGAUUCAAACACAACUCAAACCUGCGCCGAACUUUAUACUCUACAAUUCAGGACCAAAUUCUUAGGUGUUAGUCGCUGUUAGAUGCCAGUUUGGAACAGUUUUUUCCCCAGCGUCCUGUUCUUGGAGACGCGCGGUGCUAUGUGUUUGGCGUGACUCCCCACCCACGACCUCUUGGCUCCACCUGAGCACCAGUCAAGGGCUUAAACUACUCUGCAUACUCGGUCAAGUGUGCUUGGUGCGGGGAGGAAUCUAAACCAUAAUGUGCCGUGCGUACCAGAAUAAGGGCCUAGGAAGCACUGAUCUAGCCUACAGUAGAGUUCUGAUUUCCUUCACUCUUGAGUUUCCUGUUUUUCUUUUCUUCUACACAGAUGCCAUGUUUUAUAUGGAUGUAUUUAUAUACCAGCCAAACAUUUUUUUAAAGUUUGUUUGUGUUUCGUCAGUUUUGUCAUACACACCCCUGUCUCCUUCUCUCAAGAAGGGCUAGAGUUUUAACUUUGAGUUUUUUAUAUUUAAAUGUAGAGUUUUUGACACUUAAAGAGAGGAAACGUUUGAUUAUUUUCUCAGUGUAUUUUUGUACAGAAAUAUAUAAGGGGGUGUCAAUCGGUGUAUUAUCGCUGUUUGGAUUUCCUAAUUUUAAGAACUGGGUUGGUUGGUUAUCUCACAAUCGGCCUCCUAUUCCUGUUUACACUUUCAAUCUGCGGGCGUCUUAAAGACACAGGCUUAAUUUCCACUUUCUACCCUGCAGCCGUCUUAAAGGCACAGGCUCAUUUUUUUCUGCACAGCAGCAACCAUGUGCUCCGACACGAGGAGUCAGCGCGGCCAUAAGCCUCCCACAUGUUUUUUUUUCCUCGGCUCUUGCCUAUCACAGAGAGAUUGUAGCUUUAAAAUGAUCCGUUUGUGACCGUUUUUGAUAUCAAGAACUUCAGUUUGACCCACUGGAUGGAAUAUGAACACGACACAUUUUCAAAAUGCCGAUUUGAGUUCGCAAGAAUUCUUAAUUGCGUUUCUCAGUGUAUUUAAAUAUUUAAUCUUUUCUACUUGUCGGCUAGAUAAAGCCAAUUGUUUUAGUAUCUGAUGGCAUGGUGAAUAGAAUUUGUAUUUCCAAUUCAGGUUUCUAGCUGUUGUGUUUAUGAAAAAAGAGCAAAAAUACGAAAAAAAUGUGGAAACAUCUUUGUACAUUUGACUGUAUUAUAAGCAAAAAGAUUGUGUGUUUAUGUAUGUUGUUUCUCCGUACCAAGACAGGCACUAGAAUAGCCAUCUUAACACCCUCUUACUUAGUUUUGAGAUGGCUGUUCAGAUUAUAUAUAUAACAAUUUAAAAUAUAUUAACCUUAUUUUGCUCCAUUCUGUGCAAUAUGUUGUUGUCCAUUAUUGUUUUGUCUGGUCAUGCCAUACCAUGUUUUUUUCUGAGGGGAGAACAAUCUCAUGCCAGCUAUUUGUGUGGCCACUGCCUGUCAGAUUGUUGAUAUACUUCUGUACAUAACUUUUUCAAGAAGGAAAAUAAAACUGAAAAACAAAUCAGCUGGAACUGAACUGUA